GUCUUGAGGUACAGGCUGCCCCUGAAAUACGGUACAGUCCUGGGGUGUGAGGCAAGAGAGGGUCCUGCCGCUGAUCAGGAACGGCUUAACAGCAUUGGGGUGUCUCCUUGGAGCCAGCUGGCAUAAGCGACCCUGGGUUCUGGGAUGCUGGAGCUGAGUGCCCCCGGGCUGGACCCGACCUCCGUGUUGGCCUCUCCAUGGCAUCUUCUGUUGCUUGGAGCGGCUUCCUGGCUUGUGGCUAGAAUUCUUGCCUGGACCUACUCAUUCUGUGAGAACUGCUCCCGCCUCAGAUGCUUCCCUGAGUCCCCUAGAAGGAAUUGGUUUUUGGGUCACCUGGGCCAGAUUCAGAACAAUGAGGAAGGCAUGCAGUUGGUGACUGAAAUGGGCCAGACCUUCCGAGAUGUCCAACUCUAUUGGCUGGGACCCGUCAUCCCUGUGCUGAGACUUGUUGACCCUGCAUUUGUUGCCCCCCUGCUCCAUGCCUCAGCUAUGGUGGCCCCCAAGGACAUGACUUUAUUACGUUUCCUGAAGCCCUGGCUGGGGGAUGGGCUCUUCCUGAGUUCAGGUGACAAGUGGAGCCGCCAUCGCCGCCUGCUGACACCUGCCUUCCACUUUGACAUCCUGAAGCCCUAUGUGAAGAAUUUUAAUAAGAGCGUGAACAUCAUGCACGACAAGUGGAAGCGCCUAGCCUUGGAGGGCAGCGCACGACUGGAAAUGUUUGAUAACAUCAGCCUCAUGACGUUGGACAGUCUGCAGAAAUGCCUCUUUGGCUUUGACAGCAACUGUCAAGAGUCUCCCAGUGAAUACAUUGCUGCCAUUUUGGAGCUCAGUUCCCUCAUGGUAAAAAGGUCCCAGCAGCUCUUCCUGUAUGUGGACUUCCUGUACUACCGCACUGCUGACGGGCGGCGCUUCCUCGAGGCCUGUGACCUGGUGCACAACUUCACAGAUGCUGUCAUCAGGGAGAGACGCCGCACCCUCUCCAGCCAAAGUGUUGACGAGUUCCUGAAAUCCAGGACUAAAUCCAAGACUUUGGACUUCAUUGAUGUGCUCCUGCUGGCCAAGGAUGAACACGGAAAGGAGCUGUCUGAUGAGGACAUCCGGGCAGAGGCUGACACCUUCAUGUUUGGAGGCCAUGACACCACAGCCAGUGGGCUCUCCUGGAUCCUGUAUAACCUGGCGAGGCACCCGGAAUACCAGGAGCGCUGCCGGCAGGAGGUGCGGGAGCUGUUGAGGGACCGAGAACCCGAGGAGAUUGAGUGGGACGACCUGGCCCAGCUGCCCUUCCUGACCAUGUGCAUCAAGGAGAGUCUGCGGCUGCAUCCUCCGGUCAUAGACCUUCUGCGCAGCUGCGCCCAGGAUAUUGCGCUACCUGAUGGCAGGGUCAUCCCCAAAGGGAACAUCUGUGUCAUCAGCAUCUUUGGUAUUCAUCACAAUCCUUCAGUGUGGCCAGACCCUGAGACCUACGACCCCUUCCGCUUUGACCCAGAAAACCCUCAGAAGAGAUCACCUCUGGCUUUUAUUCCCUUCUCCGCGGGGCCCAGGAACUGCAUAGGACAGACUUUCGCCAUGAGCGAGAUGAAAGUGGCGCUGGCGCUGACACUGCUGCGCUUCCGCCUCCUGCCGGACGACAAGGCGCCGCGCCGGAAGCCGGAGCUGAUCCUGCGCGCGGAGGGCGGGCUGUGGUUGCGGGUGGAGCCGCUGAAGUCGGGUGCACAGUGACACCCCCCCCCCCCCCCCCCCCCCCCCCGGGACCCCCCCCCCCCCCCCC